AUGGCUUUCGCUGCCUUGUAUCGCAUUUACGCCGGGUUCAUCAACCUGCCGCAGGCCAAGAAGAAGGAUGACGCAAUCCGCUUCGGAGUCCUCGGAGCAUCAAACAUCGCUCCAGUUUCACUGAUCAAGCCAGCUCAAGCGCACUCAGAAGUCAUUGUUGCCGCUGUCGCAGCUAGAGAUCGCAGUCGCGCAGAGGCGUAUGCCAGGAAGCAUGGUAUUCCUAUUGUGCAUGCCACUUACGAAGAUUUGCUCAACGACCCAACUAUUGAUGCCGUCUACAUCGCUCUGCCCAACAGCCUACACUUCGAGUGGGCCUUGCGGGCUCUCAAUGCCCGCAAACAUGUCCUAUUAGAGAAGCCCUCGUGUUCAAAUGCCGAAGAAGCGAAAAAGCUCUUCAACCAUCCACUGCUCAAAGGGCCCAAUGCCCCUGUCCUUUUGGAGGCAUUCCACUACCGCUUCCAUCCAGCGUGGCAAACGUUCCUAUCCUUCGUGCACGAUGAUUCUCUGGCAGGACCCGUGAAGCAUGUGUCUUCGCAGCAGUACCUACCCAAGGGGGUAUUCUCCAAGGAUGAUAUUCGCUGGCGCUAUGAUCUUUCCGGCGGUGCUUUGAUGGACUUUGGAACUUAUAAUUUGAAUUGUCUGCGCCAGGUCCUACGCGAAGAACCGACAGAGGUCUUGGAGGCACAAGGCAGAGUCGAUUUGCCAUUUGAGAAUCAGCCUGUUGAACAGGCAAUGACAGCUACAUACAAAACAGCAAGUGGCGCGACGGGACACCUUGUCGCUGAUCUCUCUACAUCGACGUCUUGGAUGAAGGCACUACCGGGCUUCGGCUGGCCGAAAUGUCAAGUCGAAUUGGGGGAGCGAAAGAUCGGAGAUGAUGAGAAUCGCACCGUCCAGCGCAAAGUUACGAUCUGGAAUCAUCUAUUUCCAAGCCUUUACCAUAGGAUCGAUGUGGAAAAUACACAUAGGAUCUAUCGAGAUGAUGGAGUGCUUUUGAAGACCUGGAAAGAAUCUGAAUUCCUAAAGGCGUAUACCUGGGCGCCCGAGGAUGGGAGAGGAGUGACUGGUCAACCUUGGUGGACCACUUAUCUUUAUCAGCUCAAUGAGUUUGUGAACAAGGUGAAAGGGCGUGAUGGAUCAGGAGUUUGGGUGGAUGGCGAGGAUAGUAUUAAGCAGAUGGCCGCAAUUGAUCUGACGUAUUUGAAGGCUGGAAUGAAAGUGCGGCCGACGAGUACAUUUGAGCUGUGA